AUGAAGUUUUACAUGUUGGUGGCAGUCAUCCUCUUAAUACAAGGAGUAGAAAUGUCUCCAAAGAAAAAGCCCAAGGAAUGGGGGCAGGCCAACUCAGUUGUAGAAUUCGGCUCAUUGGUGCUGUGCUAUACCGAUUCCGUAACUGCAUUCCAGCUGGCGGACUAUGGAUGUUACUGUGGUUACGGCGGCUCUGGGCAAACGGUGGACGCGAUGGACGAGUGCUGCAAGAUUCAUGACAAGUGCCUUAAUACAGUAGGAAGCUGUUAUACUUAUUACGCCUUUUAUUCAUACACUGGGUGCGACGGAUCUGGAACAGACGCAACUUGCAGGCCACCGAGUUAUUAUUGGUUCUAUGGCCAGUGCAGAUAUAAGCUUUGCCAAUGCGAUCUGGAGGCCGCAAAAUGCUUCAAAAAUGCCUUGCCGUCAUUUAAUCCUCGGUCAUAUUACAAUUAUAACGCCCAACCCAACAAUGUCUGUUAAGUUGGUUUGAAAGAGAACAGUUGCUGGUAAAGAGUUGCAUAUUAUGAACAUUUUUAAUGGACUUUGGCACUCAACUAACGUCAGAAUUAAUAAAACAAAUUUACUCCUCAAAACAAGUGUACAUGUAAUUUCUUCUUGAAUCUACCUCUGAACAAGCAGUAAUAUAGUGAAAAAA